UUUAACUUUAUGCCGAACGCCGAAUGCCGAUAAUGCUUUUUUCUCACUCAUCACCAAUGUCUUGUGGAUUUUAAUAAAUUAUUUUUAAUUUUAGCUUAUAGUUCACCUUUUUAAAAUUCUUAUUAGUUUAUUGAUUUUUAGCUUACUUGUCAACAUUGCAAUUAAGUAUCUUCAAACUAUACUUUAUAUUAAACCUUAAACAUUAUGAGUGAAACACCAAAAAUUCCAAACGAGCAACAAGCAAACACAGAAGUCACAAAAACAAAAAAAAAACGAAAUAGAAACCGUAAAAACAAUGUUAAAGCAGAACAAAGCACUCAGAACGGAACUGUCGAAGAAACUACUCUACCAUCUACUAUUUCUAUUCAAGAUAUUCAAAAAGCAAUGGAAGUCUUCUCACUUCAACAAAGAGCAGCUAAAACUCCAGAAGAGGCUUUACAUAAACAAUAUCGUUUUUGGUACACACAACCAGUACCUAAAAUGACUGAAAAGAUAGUUAGUGAUGGUCCAAUUGAAGAGGAUAAAACAAUAGAUCAGAUUAGAAAAGAACCAUUUACAUUGCCUGAUGGUUUUCAAUGGGAUACACUUAGUCUUGACGAUCCUUUUGUUUUAAAAGAAUUGUACACAUUAUUAAAUGAAAACUAUGUUGAAGAUGAAGAUAGCAUGUUUCGAUUUGAUUAUCAGCCUCAUUUUUUAAAAUGGGCUCUUCAACCUCCUGGAUGGUUAAAAGAAUGGCAUGUUGGAGUACGAGUUAUUAAAAGUAAUAAAUUAGUUGGUUUCAUUAGUGCCAUCCCAGCUUUGCUUAAAGUUUAUAACAAGUCUCAAAAAAUGGUUGAAAUUAAUUUUCUUUGCGUUCAUAAAAAAUUACGUAGUAAAAGAGUAGCUCCAGUUUUGAUCCGUGAAAUAACAAGACGUGUGAAUCAGAUGGGUAUUUUUCAAGCUGUUUAUACAGCUGGAAUAGUUUUACCUAAACCUAUAGGAACCUGCAGAUAUUGGCAUCGUUCUUUAAAUCCAAAGAAGUUAAUAGAAGUUAAGUUUUCACACUUGAGUCGCAAUAUGACCAUGCAACGAACAUUAAAGUUACAUAAACUUCCUGAUUCAACUCGCACUCCUGGAUUUCGCAAAUUGACUGAAAAAGACUUGCCGCAAGCUCGAAAAUUACUUUCUAGUUAUAUGAAAACCUUUGAUUUGUCACCUUCAUUUUCUGAUGAAGAAUUCAAACAUUGGUUCCUGCCUCAGGAAGGCAUUAUCGAUGCCUAUGUUGUUGUAAAUGAUAACAAAAUUACAGAUUUAGUUAGUUUUUAUACUCUUCCUUCGACUAUUAUGCAUCACCCAACUUAUCGUACAUUGAAGGCAGCAUAUUCUUUUUAUAAUGUGUCUACUAAAACGCCAUGGGUUGAUCUUAUGCAAGACGCUCUUAUUUCGGCUAGAGAUGCUAACUUUGAUGUGUUCAACGCCUUAGACCUUAUGGACAAUAGGGAAUUUUUGGAGCAACUUAAAUUUGGAGUUGGAGAUGGAAACUUACAAUACUAUUUAUACAAUUGGAAAUGUCCUGAAAUUGAAAGUGAAAAGAUUGGAUUAAUCCUUCAAUAAUAAGUGUCACUGAAUAAAAGUUGAAUAAUCUGUGUACAAUAUAUGAAUAAUAAUUUAUCCCAACAACAAUUGAUUAAUAAUGUAAGUUAUAUUUAUAAAUAUAUAUAUUUUUCCUUUUUUUAAAUAUUUUGCAAUUGUAAUAAUUUUUUAACUGGUAAAAAAUGAAUUUAAAAUAGUGCAAACAAAUUUAAUACUUAAGUUUUAAUGAAUGUUAAUUGUUGGUUAGGGAAGAAACAACAGACAGUAUAUAUUAUUAUUGUGUAGUUAUUAAAAAUAGCAAAUUUUUCUGUCACAAUUUUUCAUAAUAAUAUAUAUUAGGUUUUGGAAUUUAUUUGUAAAGGUAGUUACUAUUGAUAUUACCUAUUAAAAUCAAUGAUCAUCAAUAAAAUAUUUUGUGAA